CCGCGCGUGAGUACGUUUGAUGACGUUAUCCGGAAAUUUACGAGGAUUCAGUUUGUUUACAUGACAGCAGAGUGUGUAGUUUUUCGCUAAUUUUGCAGUAAUUAGUUUAUCCAGUAUAGUAUAAUGGCAGAUCCCCGUAGUCGGCAACUUAAAAUUAAAACGGGUGUUGUUACACGAUUGGCAAAAGAAAAACUUAUGUAUGAAAAAGAGGCAAAGCAGCAAGAAGAAAAGGUUGAAAGAAUGAAAACAGAGGAGGGGACUGAUGAAUACAUGGUCAAGAAGCAGACAGAGAUUCUGCAAGAAUCCCGAAUGAUGAUCCCAGAUUGCCAGCGAAGGUUGGCUGCUGCCCAUGCCGAGCUUUCUCAGCUUUUAGAUAAUGAAAAAGAUUUGGAAGAGACAGAAGAAUAUAAGAAAGCCCAACUUGUAAUAGAGUCUGUAAAACUAGAAGCAUGAUUUAUUUUGAUUUAUAUCUGCUGUAUGUGUUCAUACGUAUUCCAUAUACUAAAUCCUCUUGAGAAAUAAACUGACUGAAAAAGCACUUCACUUGCGUGAAUGAAUAUGAUUGUAUGCCAACCCUGAAUCUUCUUCACUUAGACUUUUUUAAACACUUAAGUUAAUAGAAUAUUUGGUUGAUGAUCAUGAACAAUAAAAGAUUCAUUUGUACUAAA